AUGGAUAUCAACACUUGGACAAUUAGAAAGAGAAAUUACCAUCUCGAGACUGUCAAAGCUACAAUUGCGGCUAAGCCAAGCACAGAGCACCCGCUAUCAGGAAACUCAAAAAAGCAAACUGUCGAGUUUAUAGAUCCAUUAGGCCUUAAUUCAAAAAGAAAACAAACUCGAGAAGACAUUCUCCUGAGCCCUAAAGAAGAUCCAUUAGAGUAUUGGGCUGUUCUAAGCAAAAUGACUUCAGAAAAAUACCAAAGUACAACUGGCUUUAAAAUCACUACAGACAGCCAAGAAAAUGAAGAGGUGAAAGUUGUCCAGCAUGCUUUCUCUCGCAUGGAGCUCUUAGAAGCCCCAUCAAAGCACAAGUCCAAUGAAAUUUCUUAUGUCUCUCACAAAGAAUUUAUCACUCACAUAGAAACUCUCACGCGAGAACUAGACCAAGCUUGGGGAAUUAAUGAUAGAGUCAAAACAUUAAAACUUGCAAUUCAAGCAACUAAAAUGUUAAAAGAUGUGACUGAUCCAGCAUAUUACCCAUCUGUUUUUAUUACUAUAACGAAUAUGUUGGAGCACUUUGGAGACUUGGUUUACCAGAGAUUGAUGAAUAUUGCAUUUGAUGGGAAAACUGAUGAAAUUUUUUUGCCAACUCAAGUAAAUGAGCUAGCUAGAGAUACAGCUACAAAUUGGUUUUUGAAAAUUUCUUGCAUAAGAGAGCUUCAGCCUAGGAUUUUUAUAGAAAUGGCUUUGCUAAAGUGUUAUAGGUUUUUGUGGAUUGAUAAAUACCCAGAAGUGCUGGGGAGAUUAGUGUCACAGAUAAGGGGGAUUGGAAAUCCUAUGAUGGCAGCUUAUGCAAGCAUGUUUUUGGCAAAGCAAGCGAUUAAUUUGAGUAUGAAUAGUAGGCAAUAUCUUAAUGAUUUAAUUGAAGAUGUCUGUGAAAAUUUAGUUUUGGCACCUCCUGAGCAGUAUGAAGUGAGCACGCCAGCACUUGAGUGGGUAUUUUAUUGUGUGGCAUAUGGAAGCUCUAGAGAUUUAUUGUUUCAAAUUCUAGAAAAACUGGCUUCUGCUAUAGAAAAACAGCCAGAUAUAUUAAGAGCUUUAAUUGAAGAAUUUCCAGGCAGACACAUAACUUCUCAAAUGAGUUUAUUUAUAGAUAAAAUGAACUCAAUUAGGAUCCCUGCAGAAUCAUUAAAAGUUGCAGUUGCGUUGGCAAGAGCAGUUUAUGAUAGCCCUCAAGACCAAGAUUCUUUACCUUUAUUGAGCACUCUUUGGAGUGCUAUAGAAAGAAAUGGGCAUACUGAUAUUAAUUUAUAUUUAAAAGCAGCAGAUGUGUUCUUCCAAAUUUAUCUAAAACAAUUCGGUCCUAAAGAAGUCAAUGGGCUACUUGAUAGUGUUCUAGCUCUUCUUAAAAAAAAUGGUACUGGAAGAGAUUGGUCAGGAUCAUUAGCAAAUAUAAUGAACGUUUUAAUAGUGCAUUCAAAAGACCUCUCAGCAUUAUUAUCUUUAGAAAGCUUUUUAUCGGUUUCAUGUCAAAUGACUGUGGAAUUUUGAUAGUGCGACAUCUCAUAGGGAAAAAUUUGUUCGAAUCAUUUUAUAGUGAGACAAAACCGUUAAAUUUCGGCUAAAUAAGCACACUGCUAAAAAUUUUCGACCAAAAGUACUUCUGUGAAACACACUAUCAUUGGACCUGCACCCUUUUUAUCAUUUCUCGAUGAGUUCUCAAUUCAAAAAAAAUCUGAAAUUUGUAAUAAAAUAGUCGAGCAUUAUGCUAGAGAAGAAAUAAAAUUCACAGUCUCAAACCCUCUAAUGAUUCAUGCACUUUUCCAAGUAACAAGAGUAGUCCACGACAGUAUUGAUAUUUCUGAGCAUAGUCCUGAAUUUGUUGAUAGAGUUUCAAGAUUAAUUUGCAGAUUCUUGAAAAAUGUAAUUUUUAUUUAGUUAAAUUUUGGCAGAAAUUUAGAGCAGCAUCUGUCAGUUUUAACAGAUGCUAGAGCUUCAUUUAUUAACCUAGACGUUGUCACAGAAACUCUUGUAUACGCUGUACUAGAUAUCGCAAUGAGAGCAUACAGGCUUGUAGGAGGCAAACAUAACCUUAAAACCCAUGCAUUCCUUAAAGCUUGUAUCUCUUAUGCCCACAUCACAACACCUUCUUUAGAAAGUCCUGUCACCCAAUUCAAGCUUUUUGUAUUAGGAAGCCAAGUAGCCUUAAUGAAUGGGCUAUUAGGAGAAGCUGAGUCUCAAAUAAAAGCAGCAAUUUCACUUAUAGGAGAACUCGCAACUGAAGAUAAUUUAGCUGAAAUCGAGCCUAGUCUGCAUGCCUUGAUAGGACAAAUGGUGAUUUUGCCUGAUAAUCCUGCCUCCACAUCAGGGUUUUUCUUGCCUGCACAUGGACUUCUAAAUACUCUUACAGCUUUGAAUAAGAGAUUUGAAAAAAUUAAAUACAGAGCUUUUAUUAGUAUGCUGUGGUAUUUAUCUUCUCAAGCUCAAAGCAGAUUGCCAUUUAGACUGUUUAGAGUAGAUUCUAACGAUAAAUUGAUGUCUGGGAAUAAGAAAUUCAAAGAAGAUAUGAUAACUUUGCUGGGACUGAUUUUGGAGGAACUCUUGAACUUUGUGGCUGAGUUUGGAGAAAUUAGUUCGCCUGAUGAAGAAACUAUUGAUAUUUUAAUCAAAUUUUAUUUGGCUCUUUCAAAGAUAUUUGAAGCUCCUGAAGGGUCACAAGUGGCUAUCCUUUUGAUAAGAAUUGGAAACUUGUUGAAAGAUAAAAAGGUUUCUCAAAAAUACUUGGCAUUGGUCUCCAACUAA